AUGGUUGGGAGCGUAGUGUCCAGGAAUACCGGCGAAAGAAGGAUGCUACUCGUUAUUAUAUUCGCUUUGUGCUCAACAGGAAGCUCUUCAAUUACUGACACUUUCAGCAAAAAUGGACUGCAAUACGAGAAAAUUGGGAAAGCAAAGCUGAUAGACGGAAGCAGAACGUGUAACUCACGAAAGUUCAGUAUUUUAACUUACACGAAUGCGCUGACAAUGAGCGAAGCGUCAGCCUCAAACACGGAUUUCGUGAUCCUACGGGCCCAACUACAACAAACAUUUCACAACAUCUGUAGCAGUUUCAAUUUGACAACAGAACAUGCUCCUGCCCAAUAUGAGCCCUCAAUUCUCAACGCUCAGCCACUGGGCUACCUUGAUCGCUUUCAUCUGAAAUGGAAUGUGAAGAAAUUCGCGAAUGAUCUCAUUACAUUUCUUUUGUACAACAAAAUCAGUUCCCCAUUUCAUGCGUUAAUUGAUGAGGAAUGGCUCGACGAUGAUAUAGACAUGGAAGAGUUUGUGGAGAAGACAUUGGUGUUCCCAACGCGUUGUGAGUCCACACAUAUGGUCGUGGUAGCUAAGCUGUGCUCGGAUUUCGAGGAGACAGCGCUGGAAGGGGAUUUGUAUGCAAUUGCACACACUGGCCAAAUGAUGGAGAAAAGCAACGCCUUUGUGUUCUACGAUGUUCCAGAAUACGUGCUGGUGAACGGCGACGACGUGACCGCCGUCGAAUUCGAGUCCUGUAGAGUUGUGAACGGAUCCUCCUUUGUGUGUACGGAAAAGGAUGAAAGUAGGUGUGACGUAUCUAUGAUGAAAUCCUGCGACAUCUAUGUUGAGCCAAUUUCUGCUGAUUUCUCUUUCACUCGUCCGUUUGGAACUGGCAUGAUAAUAGCCACCAACCAACGGGAAUUGACGAUCGCUGGUUCUGCUGUCUAUGCGGAUUCCCCAAUAUUCUCGUACCACAUUUCACAGAAAAUCGAAAAAGAUGAAGAUGGUCGUGAACAACUUGUUCAAUCUGCAAUUGACACUCCAAUUAGUAGUCAGGUUUCGUUCCCAGAGCUUUGUCAUAGUGCUGAAGAAGCUGUUCGUACCCGAACAAAAGCCAUUCGACUGUAUCACGUAAAUCGCAAGGGAGUUCCCAUGCUCUGCAACCAACAUGGAAAAGCAUCGGUAUGGGAGGACGUGAGGGAUUUCUUUCUACAUCUCAUCUAA